CGAGCCUUCGUAUACAAACGCUUUACAAAAACGUACACUUUUCGUGGGAUUCCCCUCAUUCUAAAGAAUAAAAAGAAAAAACCUCAAUGGAGGAGAGUGUAACUCUCCGCAUUGGGUGUUUGUUUGCUACUGUCAGUUCAUUUUUAUCACAUUCUUGAGCGAUCAGCUCACAUUAAAAGAAGUUUUGUUUUUAUUACCACAACAAUGUCGAAGAUCUAUCGACAGUAAUUAUUUUUAUUGUUAUAAGUUAACCUACCAAACUAAAAUAGACAUGUUUUAAUUACAGUGUGAAAAACUAAUCAUUGGAGAAAAGUUGACACGGUAAAUUUAUUUCUUAAGUAUAAAAUAAUAUUUUUCUAUCAUGUUUGCUUUACAUCAACUGGUUUGAAAAGAAUAGUUAUCAUAAAAAAUGCCUCCAUGGCCGAAUGGGAAUGUGCGUUUUAAUAGUAACUCUCAGCAUAUUCCACCGCAUCAGCAGCGGUUGAGACCUCCACUACGACAAAAGUAUUCACAAACGUCUCUUCGACAACCUAUUCAACUACGGGCACAUAACCGACCACCAAUUAAUCGAGCAAAGUUUGGUAAACCACCCCAACGUGGCAAUUUUACGCCCUUGCGCCGUCCAGUGACGAAUCAACACCGAAAUACUGAAACAUUUCGCUUCGAACGAGAAAGUUUCACAAACAGAGGAAGAGGUCGCGGGUACAACAGAUUCGAUCGAAAGAGCCUAAAUGGAAAUGAAAGAAUAUACCAUUUUCGAAAAGACAAUUUUUAUGAGGAAAGGCAUCGGGAAUACGAGAACCAACAUCGUAAUACUGGAUAUCAUCAACGUGGGAGUGUUCAUAAACAUCAUUUAAAUGACCCGAAGACGUCUAAUCUUAUACCCAAUGACUUUUUUAGCAAUAGACGUCCCGAAAUAUAUAAAAAAGAAAUAGAUUAUUCGCCUGUCAUAAAGGUUAGAACCCGCAACAGCUCAAUUAAUGUUGAAAAUAAUGAAAAAAGAGAGACUGCACACGAUUACUUUCAAGAUUCUGCUAAUACGUGCAUUUCACACUGUGAAUCUCUCAAAGACAGUUGUGGUGCACAAAAUAACCUCAAUGAUGGAGAUCAAAAUCAAAUUGGUGAGAUCGAUGAAGAUCAACGACAAAUUAAUCAAAGCGAUAGUGAACAAAAUAUUCAAAAUGAUAAAAAUCGAGAACAUGUUUAUCCAAACGGUGGAGAUCAAGAACAAAAUAAUCAAGACGAUGAAGUACAAAAAGAAAGUAAUCAAGGCGAAAAAACAACAGUGGUGAAAGUAAACAAUGAUAAAAAUAUUGAUAGUAUUUACAAACCAGAGAAACUCGAAAAUAUGUCACAAACGAAAACUUUAUCAAUAAAUCCCGAAAAGGAUAAGCAAGGUGUCAUAUUUCAAGAAAUAACCCCGACAAGCACUACAAUUCGGGAAAAGUCGGCGGAUAGUGAGUUGAGCGUGCCUCAUGACUUCUUAGUGACUAAUUCUACAAGAGAUAAAACGCUACCAAGAAAUUCUUUAAAUCCGAGUACCGAAUGUACGGCGAAACAUUGUUUUGUGGAGAAGGACAACGGAGAAGUUACAGGCGCGAGUACACGUCACGACGCGAGUGAAAGUCGUGGUUCAAUUGAUCAAAAAACCAACAACAAAAUGGAAACUUUGAAUUUAACGAGUAGUAUUACGAAACAGGUUGAGGACCUUAGAAAAUCAAAAGUCCGGGGGUUAAUGCACAUGUUAGGAAAAUCUUCACUCUUACUUCGAAGUAAAGGGCAUUAUAAUCAUAUUAAAAAAUAUAAGACAAUUUUACCCAGCGAAAAUAGAAAGAAAACUGAUAGCACGAGUUGCAAUAGGACACCCAACGUAGCCACAACAGAAAUGGUCAAUCCGCGAAAUCUAAAAAGAUCGCACGGUAACGAACAUUCUCGCGAACGCUCGUUCGAGAAGAAGCAAAGAAAACAUUUAGCAGAGAAUAACAAGCCGCGUAAAUAUUAUGCGAGACGAACGCCGCAAAGAAGCGUGAAAGUUCGUAAAACAUCAACAGAACCUCAUGAAUCAGGAAAAAUAUUUUUACACAACGAAGGAACUGACAGGGAGAGCAAACAUAGUGAUAUAUCCAAUAGCACUCACGUGAAGGAGCAAGAUGGAAAUGGUACAGCUCAUCCGUUUUCCAAACACGAAAAAGGCCCAUGCAAUAGACAGGCUAAUGCAGACCAAUAUCAGCACGAAAGUGAUUUCUCAGGUAGAAGAACUGAAGUGAAUAAUCGCAAGAGAACUUGCAUAAUUAAUGCAGAUAAUGAUAAAGAAGAAUUUUACGCUAAAGAAAACGAACUUAGUACUGUCAUAGCUAGCAAUGCAUGUAAAGAGACAGAAGGUCAUGAUCUUGUAUGCAAGGCAAAGGACAAUGAGCAUGGCAAUAUCCUUGUUCAAGCUAAAAACAAGGAAUAUGAGCAGUAUAGUAGCCUAAAUGGGGCUCAUAUUGAUAACAUUGAAACCAUUGACCCACUUAAAGAAUAUAAUCGUUCAAAUACACCGCGUUUACCACGACAAAAGAGAAAAACCCAAUCAUCUGUAACUGAAACAUCGUAUCUCAAACAAAAACUACCGGAUAAAACAAAUCUAUUAAUAAAAACAAAUGAACAAGACUUAUAUAUUCAAAAAGAUAGUCUAGCUGUUGCGAGCGAAUCCCACAGCAGUGAUGCAAAUGUGCCUUUCUCGAGAACGAAAGGUAGCCUCGAUAUGGACACGACAAAAAAUGAGAUACACGAGAAGAAGUUUUGUAGUAAGGCGAUUGAGAAAAUUGUUAAAUUGACUGAUAAGGCAAUUGAUUUAGGGGACGAUGCUUGGUAUAGUAACGAGAAUAGAAAUCUUGUUGGAGAGACAACGAAAGCGAAAUAUACAACAGAAAGUAUAGCCGAUAAAUUGAAAGAGCUAAGAAAUGAAACAAGAGAUCCCUCGAUUAAAUCUAAAACUUUUUAUAAUGAGAAAAGUGUGCUAUACGAAACAACAAAAAAUAUCGGAGAUAAAUCGGAAGAAUUACGAAAUGAAUCGAUUGAUCUGCCGUGUAGAGCAAAAGACUCUCCUAAUGAGAGAAGAGUACUCAACGAAAUAACGAAAAAUAUCGUUGAAGAAUCGAAAGAAUUACGAAAUGAAACAAUUGAUCUGCCGUGUAGAGCGAAAGAGUCUCCUAAUGAGACAAGAGUACUCAACGAAAUAACAAAAAAUAUCGUUGAAGAAUCGAAAGAAUUACGAAAUGAAACAAUUGAUCUGCCGUGUAGAGCGAAAGAGUCUCCUAAUGAGACAAGAGUACUCAACGAAAUAACGAAAAAUAUCGUUAAAGAAUCGAAAGAAUUACGAAAUGAAACGAUCGAACUUCCGUGUAAAGCCAAAGACCGUCAUAAUGAAUCGAGAGUGAUACAUCAAACAACGGAAAAUAUCAAAGAUAAUUCGAAAGAUUUACGAAGUGAAACGAUUGAUCUUCUGUGCAAAGCCCAAGAUUUUUAUAAUGAGGCAUGGAAACUGAAACAUGCAACAAAAAAUAUCGCAGAUAAAUUGAGAAAAUUACAAAAUGAAACGGGUUAUGUUUCACCUAAACCCAAAGAUUCUCAUAUCGAAACAAAAAGACCAAAUCAUGCAACGGGAAAUAUCGAAUAUGAAGGAAAAUUUUUACGAAAUAAAGCGACAAAUUUUCUGUGCAAAGCUAAAUAUUUUAAUAAUAGAACAGGAGAAGUAUAUUAUGCAACGAAAAAAUUCGCAGAUAUAUCGAAAGAAAUACAAAGUGACACGAAAGAUCUUUCGUCUACAACCAUGGAUUUUUACAAUGGGACAAGAGAACUACACUAUUCAACCAAAAAUAUCGAAGAUGAACGAAAAAAAUUACAUAGUGAAACAGCAGAUGUUGAAUUUAAAGUCGAAGAAUUUAAAGAAAAGACAAAGGUAUCGAACAAUUCGACGAAGGACAUCGAAAAUAAAAUAAAAAAAUUAGAAAAUGAAAAGACAGAUCUUCUGUAUAAAGCAAAAGUCUUUUAUUACAACACACGAUCGCGAAACCUUGACGAUAAAUCAAGAGUUAUACAAAAUAGGGUGACCGAUCUCCCAUGCAGAGCGAAAUAUUCCCGUGACAAGUCAAGUAUAGAAAAUGAUACAGAACAACACAUCUCAGAUAAACCGAAAGAAUCAUGGGAUGAAGCUACAAGUCUUUUACGUGAAGCAGAAUGUCUUCAUAACGAAGCAAUAUCACUAAAUCACACACCUGAAGAGAUCGAGGAUAAAUUAGAAGAAUUGGAAAGUAAAGCAACAGAUAUUCCAUGUAAAGACAAAAAUUUCAGUAAUGAGGCAAUUAAUUAUGAAUUAAAAGAUACAACAGGGGGUUUAAAUAAUGGCGCUGGAUCACCAAACCAAACAGCGAAACACAUUGAUAAAUCGACGAUAUUACGAACUAAAAUGACAAAUUUUUCGUGUAACAUCAAGGAGUUUAAUAACGACACAAUAGUACUGAAUUCUAGAACAAAAAACAUAGAAGUUGAGCCAAAAGGAAUAAGACAUGAAGGGACAUACCUACAGUGUAAAGCUGCAACUCUUAAUAUCGGAGAUAAAUUAAAAGAUUUACGAACUGAAACAAAAUUUCUCUCACGUAGAGCCAAAGAUUUUUGUACUGGAGCAGAAGAACUAGGUUGUGCAAACAAAGACAUCGAAGAUGGCUUAAAUGAAAUACAAAAUAAAACAGACCUCGAUUGUAUAUCAGGUUGUGAAACAGAGGAUUUCAAAAUCAAGACAGCAGAUCUAAAACUCAAAACGGCAAAUGUCAAUGAUAAAUCGAGCGAUAAGGUUAAUGAAACUAAUUUUCUGGUAACUGAUGUUGAUAAUAAAAACGCCAAAACAUCACAACAAAACGAUUCACUCGUAGAGAACAAUCUUGUAUCAACAGAAGUUAGUUCAAGCUGUAAAGAAGGUAGCUGUUCACAAGGAAAGUCUAUUAUCCUCAAGACAUUUAAAAACGACGUAUCUAACAUAGCAACCGCAGUGAAAUUAUUGAUUAGAAAAAGACCUGAACUAGAUGAAGUAUUGACUGGAGCAUGCAAAGAAAUCCUCACUGAAAUGAGUGAAGCUGUUCAGAAAAAAGUGGCGAAUUACGAUGCAUCUAACAUCUCUACAAUUUAGCCACUUUCUGUUUUUUUUUUUAUAAAAAUCUUAGUUAAGCAACAAAGAAUAACAACGUGGAGAUUCUGUUUUGAAUGUAUGGUUUUUCGCAAAAAAAAUAAAUAAUAAAAAAAGGUGCCCUUCGGCUUUUCUUUUAAAAAACUCUCCUUAAAUCUUUUUUUGAAAAAAUUCUGCACGCAAAUAAAAAAACUAAAUUCUAAAAAUCUUACGCGAAAAUAAAUCUUUAUUUUUGAAAAUUUUUCCUUGCCUAAAGUUAAUUUAAAAAGAAAGAUAAACUGCAUCAUUAAAUCAGCCUAUUGUCUCUGCAAUGGCUGCUAUAUGAUGAUUGUCCGCAACCGCAACCGUUUUUUUUAUUUUUUCAAUCGCAGGAACGUAAGUGUCCUUGAUUAUCGAAGUCAUUGAAGUUAAUGUUACUUUAUAAUUCUGUUUAAAAAUCGUUACAACAAAGUAUACAUAUUUGAGUAUAUUUUGGUGCUAUAUUUAUAUGUUGUUUUCAACAAUUUAAAGUUUAUAAGGAAGAUUUUUUUUUUAUAUUUAUCUUCAUCGUCUACGUAAAUAAUAAUAAAAAUAUAUGUUGCACACAAAAAUGUUAAUAAUAUUUUUAUUUAUCAAUACGAACGUAAAUAG